CCGCCCGGGCCGGAGGAGCCGGGCUCGCCGCGGAGCGCCCGGCGGCGGCGGGCGGAGCCGGGCUGCGGGAAGCCGCGGAGAGCGCGCACCGCCUUCACCUACGAGCAGCUGGUGGCCCUGGAGAACAAGUUCCGAGCCACGCGGUACCUGUCGGUCUGCGAGCGCCUCAGCCUGGCGCUGUCCCUCAGCCUCACCGAGACGCAGGUGAAGAUCUGGUUCCAGAACCGCCGCACCAAGUGGAAGAAGCAGCACCCGGGCGCCGACGGGGCGGCCCCCGCGGCAUCCCCGGCGGCGGGCGGCGGCAGCCCCAGCCCGCCGGGCCCCGCAGCUCUGCCCUUCCAGACUUUCCCUUCCUACGCCGCCGCCAACGUGCUGGUGCCGCCGGCCUCCCCCUUCCCGCUGGGCGCCGGCCCCUUCGCACCCUUCCUGGGCCCCGCGUACCUCGGCCCCUUCUACGCCCCGCACCUCUGA